AUGUACUCUGGAUACAGUCCAAAUCUCAAUAGCAUGGAUGAGGAAGUGAAGGGAUUCAUUGAAAGAAACGCACUAGAAACCGAACAGACGAUGAAACGUUCGAUCAGGUUCAAGGGCUCCAGAAAUUAUUCUCAGUUAACGUUUUUAACAGCCCAGUUCAAGCCAUAUCUACCGGUAACAGCGACGGACUCACCUUCGACAGUAUCACUGUCGACAAUAGCGCUGGAGACACAAACAGUCUGGAUCAUAGUACCGACUUUCCAAAACAACCAGUGCUCUGGCGGUCAUGGCAUUUCUGUUGGUUCCAUAUCCGCUGGAAAGACGGUUACCGACGUGACUAUCUCUGGAAACACUGUUACGAACUCUAUGUAUGGGCUUAGGUACGGCAAUGGUUCUUCUUCCCUCGCUCGGUGUUCUAGCGUUGGCGGCGUUGGCGGAAUCAAAGUCAAAGCAGAUACCACGAGCGUCAAAAUAUCGGGCAUCACGUACUCGAGCAACACCGUCAGCGGUAUCACCAAAUACGGUGUCUUGAUCUUUCAGUCGUAUCCGGAUGAUGCUGGCACUCCCGCCCGGCGUCCCUUCGAUGGACCGUGCCGCGGGCGUGAGCUUCACCGGCACAGCUACUACAGUCAAGUCAGAGACAAUGUGGAGCGAUUGACUAUCGGCUGCGAGCCGCUUGUCGCGACAGAAAUGGCGCCGGGACGAUACGUUCCAUCUCGUUUGAAUGCAUCGGACAUAGGACUUCUCCAAGUUGACGGUCACUGGUGGCUCCGCUGGAACUGUCUCCAGUGA